UUACAGUGUAAAAAGAAACAUGUUACAGAAAAUAACACCAAAUAUCACAAUGUAGUGUUCUAUAUAACUCGUCAUACCGAGAGGAGUUUUACCACGCAGUGUAAACUACGACAGUGUUCUCAAUGUCAGGGGGACACUGAGUUCUACUGUAGCACAUGUAAACGUGAUCUGUGUUUACAAUGUAAAGAGAAACAUGUCAUUGAUCUACAUACCAAACACCAUGAUGUUGUGAUCUACCGUGAGAAGUUUAAAUGUGUCUCUUUACGAGAGACCUGUGUCAGACAUCCAAACAGAAAAUACAGAAUGUUCUGUGAUCAGUGUAAAUAUUCCGUGUGUAAGCACUGUACAGACCAUAGAACACACGCGUUGGUGGAUCUUAGAACAGCCUAUCAAACAAAGCGACAACAACACAGAGAAACCAUUGACAACAUCAGAAGUGAGACUCUCUAUAACUGUCGUGUUCUCAUGGCAGGAAUCAAAACUGAUAUAAAAUUUUGUUCCUCAGAAAUCUGUUACCGUCAAUCAGAGCUGAUGUCAACAAAAGCCCAGAGACUGAAGGAUCUGAUUGACAGUGUGGUAUGUGAUGUUAAAACAAGAUACCGAGGUUUAUUGAUUGAUAGAAUACGACAACAGAAGAGAAAAAUGAACAGAGAACUUGUUCACCUACAGAACUAUGAAGACAGAUAUGAACAAUCAGCAAACAGAGCAGUACAAUUCCUCUUGUUUAUAAAGACCAGUCGUGUCCCCCAGAUAAAGAACAGUCCUAGUCAGUUAUUGAGUGUCAUCACAGAAAUCCAAAUGACAACAGGGAAAAGACAAGUAGGAAUAGACGAAUGUGUGAAACUGACGUCCACACCUGUAUUACACACGUCUGUCUGUGUGACAGGUGUUAGUCGUGUAUCGCACAUAUCACGUGUGACGUCGGACCGGGUCUGGGUCUGUGAUUAUAACAGACUCAUCUUGACAGACACAACAGGAGACACUAUAUACCUCACCAGACUAAAAGAGAGAACACGACCAUGGACACCACUCUGUGUGUACUGCUCCCCGACCACUGGAGAUCUGAUGGUCGGGAUGCGUAACUAUGAUACAAAGACAGGCAAGGUAACCCGGUACAACAGUAGUGGUCAAGAACUUCUAACCAUUCAACACGACAACACAGGCCACACGUUGUUUAAUGAGCUUACAUAUAUUACAGAGAACAAGAACAGUGAUAUCAUUGUGUCUGACUGGGGCCGUCAUGCUGUAGUGGUGACAGAGCGCGGGGGGAUACAUCGAUUCUCCUACACAGGACCCCCAUCAAGAUCAUCACUAGCACCACUUGGAAUCUGUACAGACGCGCUGUCACAUAUCCUGGUGUGUGAUAGUAACACCGACACAGUACAGAUGAUUGACAAGGACGGUCACUUCCUGUCCUUGUUACUAACACAUCAGCACGGGAUAAAUAGACCAUGGGGCCUGAACUAUGAUGAUAAAACUCACCUUCUCUGGGUCGGAUCACAGUACACCAACACAGUGUCUGUAUAUAAAUAUAUAAAGAGGAGGUACUCUCCUACUGAUAGCCCAGACAGAGAUGAAGUGAUCACGGAAACGUCGAGUUUUGAGGAGGUUCAGGAAUUUGGAACAGAGCUGGAAGCCAGCGAAGAGUCUGAAUCUGAAGAAAACAGAGAUAUUAAUUCUAGGGAAUUGGAAGAGAACUUUCCUGAAUCCCUUUGCCAGCGGUGUCUACGAAUUUUCAGUUGUCAAGAUUAA